AUGCCCGCUGCUCAGCAACUCAUGGUAGCUCAUGCAGCCCUCUUCGCACAGUUGGACGCAAACGGGGAUGGCGACGUCAGCCUCCACGAGUUCCACGCAGCCAAGGUGGCGGACGGCCAGCACAAGGCGGAUGUUUUCGACAAGCUGGAUGCAGACCUGGACGGCCGAGUGAGUCGGGAGGAGUUUGCGGCCGCCACGGUCGCCACUGCCAGGCCACCGCGGAGGUCCAGUCGUGAAAGCACGGAGGCGAGGCGGCCCAGCCGCCAGGAGGAGCGCUUUCCUGUGGAGCACGCACCAUCGGAGCGCGCAUCUGCAGAGCGUGCGUCCGCCGAGCUCGAUGCCCCAGAGUUCGCUGACGACAAUCCUCUUUUCGCUGCAGUGCUUUCAGAGGAUCCAGCCAGGGCACUGGCGCUCUUGCGCAGCGCGACCCCGCAGCAGCUGCAUGCCAAAGACCAGGAAGGCUGCACAGCUUUGCACCGCGCUGCAGCCUUACCAGGACUCGUCAAAGUCCGCGGAAUCAUGCUUGAGAAGGGCGGGGUGCAGUUGGCAUCAUCGAGGGACUUGCAUAUGCGGACUGCUCUCCAUCACUCCGCACUGGCUGGGUGUGUGGAAGCUUGUCAGCAGCUGCUGGAUGCUCCAUGCUUUCACGAUGCAGACAGGAGGGCGCUUCACGGCCGCACCGCGUUGCACCUCGCAGCUGAGUAUGGCCAUGCUGAGGUUCUACGGGUCCUCCUCAACCACACGGCCUUCACUGCUGUAGAUGCCGCGGAUGACUAUGGGCAUACAGGUCUUCACCAUGCAGCCAUGCAGGGGCACCCUGCAGCCUGCCAGGCCUUGCUGGAGCAUCCUCGGUUUAUAGCAGAAGGCGCUCGAGACAAGGAUGGGUGGACGGCACUCCACUGGGCAGCUUCUGGAGGCUACGCAACCGCCUGCAAGCUGCUCCUUGCCAACCCUUCCUUCACUGAGGUGGCGGCGAGAACUGCUCGAGGCUGGACAGCUCUGCAUUUGGGUGCAGCGCAUGGCUUCGAAGAGGUGUGCCAUGCCAUGCUUUCUCACCCUCGAUUCACAGUGGCAACUGCCCAGGACUGCGUUGGCAGGAACGCGCUUCAUGCGGCUGCAGAGGCCGGCCACAGGAACGUGUGCAAGUUGUUUAUGGGUCAUGAGAGCUUCCGGGUGCUGACCACUACGAAGGACUACUUUGGCCACACUGCAAGCGACUUGGCAGUUGGAGGUGCACUUGAGGUCCCUCUUCAUCAGCGCUGA